GUCAACAAAAAUUAUUACACACUGUUGAUUAUUAUGUUAUUGGAAUUUCCUUUUUAUGAACACAUUUUAUCAACAUUGGUUUUAAAAAUCCCAAUAAUUUUACGAAAAAGUUGACAACGUUGUUUGUAAUCUUUUACUGCUGCAGCCGCGCCGACUACGUGAGUUCAAAAUACCAGACUGAUUAACAUAUAUUUUGUUAGUAAGAAGUAAGGAAGAUGAUCAAAGUGAUGAAAAGUUUAUGUACAUGAUUUGUAGAAACGAAUAGUUUAUUGUGUAUUAAACAAAUUCAGUUUCAAAAUUAAUACUGUGUUAGUGGAUGAAACUAAACCGAAACUUUUUGUUGUUGUUUAAACUGUUGUUUUUAUCGUUAACAAUGGCUCUCUUCGUUCUAGGUUUGUUGUUCUGCUUAUCUAGUCAGAUCUCUGCCACAGACAUCUACGAAAGCUUUUACCCAGAAUUGUAUAAUUCGGUUUUUACAGAUUCUCUUGAUUGGCGACUGUUACAGGAACUAUCAAACCAGAAUAAAAACGUACUGAUAUCUCCCAUCAGCCUGAAAAUUAUAUUAGCCCUAUUAUAUCAAGGAUCUACUGGAGAGACAGAAAGGGAAUUCCAAAAAAUUUUAAAGUAUGAAAAUAAACACUAUGUAAAGAACAAUUACAGCCAAGUCAUAGCUGCCCUUUAUAAUGCCGACGCAACUGAAUAUUUGCUCAACAUUGGGACAUCGAUGUUUGUCGAUGAAGAUUUAUACGUUUUACCUAAUAUGAGGAUACUGCAAGAAACUUCAGAACAGAAAUAACAAAGACAAACUUUAACAAACCCGAUAAAGCUAGCAAAGAAAUUAAUUCGUGGGUGGAAAAGCUUACUCGCGGUAAAGUGAACAAAAUAGUAAAUUCCGAUGAUCUGUCGCAGGCACUAAUGCUGAUUACCAAUGUCAUUUACUUCAAAGGGACAUGGACUCAUCAAUUUCCUAAAAAUAACAUACCACACCUUGGAGUCUUCUAUACAUCUGCUGAAAAUGUAAGAGACGGUCAAAACUCAAAAUUAGUUGAAUACAUGACUACCACUAACCAAUUUUUCUACUACGAGGAUUCAACUUUGGAUGCGAAAAUCGUCAAAUUGGAAUACCAAGGAGAUGCCUAUUCCAUGUGUAUAGUUCUCCCGAACUCUUUGGGAGGAUUAGAUAGUCUAAUUAAAAAAGUGAGCUUAGCAAAAAUAGGAGAUAUAAAGUUCAAUUUAAUGAAAACAGAUGUUGAGGUUACUCUUCCAAAGUUCAAGUUCAAUUUUAACAUCAAGUUGAAACAGAUUCUUCAAAAGUUUGGACUAAAAGAAGCAUUCCAAAACACAGCCAGUUUCACAGAUAUAGUGCAAACCAACAGCACCUUAAGAAGAACUCUAUACGUUACUGACAUUGUUCAGAAAAGUGGAAUAGAAGUUGAUGAAACAGGAAGCGAAGUCUUCACAGCAACAGGGGUCACUGUAGGUAAUAAAUUCGCCGAAAAUACGAUAAAAUUCAAUGUAUCACACCCGUUCAUGUUCUUUAUUGAUGGUCCCAAUGGUACCAUAUUGUUUAUUGGAAAAUGUGAAGAUCCCAAGUGAAGGGGACCCUUCAGAGAUACCGAAUCGUUGGAGUCAAGAAGAAGAAAAAAAAGAACAUACUAAACCUCAACAAUACCCAUAUGGUGGUUCAAGCAACACGAAUACUGAAACUGGUCAACCCAACAGUGUACAAUUCUACCAGAAUCAUCAAAGUAAACCAAAUAGUGAAAUUGAUCAACACAACAAUGUACAAUUCCAGCAGAAUCAUCAAAAUAAACCAAAUAGUGAAAGGGAUCAACCCAACAACGUACAAUUCCAGCAGAAUCGUCCAAGUAAACCAAAUAUGGAAUUUGAUCAACCCAGCAAUGUACAAGGUCCUAAUUUAAAUCCAAAUCUGGACCCUGAUUACUAUCAAACUCCAGACGUAGAAAUGACUGACAUAGCAUAUAGAUUCAAUCUGUUUGAUAUUGAAUUACUAAACUCCUUUAGUGAUUUAUCUACGAAUGUAUUAAUAUCACCUGCCAGCAUCAGAACAACAUUAGCAAUGAUUUUAGAGGGAUCAGAAGGAUCUUGUGCAGAAGAACUAAGCGAAGCACUGAGGAUAAAGGAUAUUACUCAGAAAGGUGUCAGAAAAAUCUUUCGAGAACUUUCAAAUAAUCUUAAUGAAAAUUCACGAAACACAGUCAUAGAAAGUCAUAAUGCUAUAUUUGUCUCUGACAAAUAUCGACUGUUUGAUAAUUAUAGGAAUAUUAUUAAAAACGAUUAUGACGCUUACAUAACCAACAUAAAUUUCAGACAGCAACAAAACGCUGCUAAUUUCAUUAAUAAAUGGAUAUCUGAAGCCACUCAUAACGAAAUAACCGAUGUUGUCUCACAACAGUCUAUAGAUCCUAAUUCCUACGUGGUGCUGUCGAACGCCCUGUUCUUUAAAGCACAAUGGAAAAAUGCUUUUGAUAAAGCUAUAGAUAGAUGUUUUAAGACUCCUAAAGGAUGUGUUACAGUUGACAUGAUGCACAUUUCACAUAAUUUCAAAUACAAUUAUAUUACCCGUUUGAGAGCCAACGUUGUGGAUAUUCCUUAUCAGGAUAAAUUCUCCAUGCUACUGAUAGUACCAGCUUCAGAUUCAAAUGUAGGAAGAGUGAUUCGGGAACUACAGCACAUGGAACUGUCAACCAUUUUGGACAAUCUAAGUGAAUCCGAGAUUGUUCUAGAACUACCAAGAUUUAGUUUCGAGUAUUCUGUAGAUUUGGUUGAGUUUUUGAAAACACCACCUUUUAAAAUCCGAGAAAUAUUUGGUGCAAAUGCUAACUUAACCAAAAUGAUUGAAGGCCAGCAUGGUAUGAUAAGCAACCUGUUACACAAGACCAAAAUUAAAGUAGAUGAAUUUGGAACAACUGCAGCAGCAUCCUCCAGUGCCAUGAUAAUUCCCUUGAUGCAGCCAGUGACAGUUUCAGCUGACAGACCGUUUAUUUUUAUAAUCUAUUACAGAGAAAAUAAAAAUAUUAUAUUUGAAGGAAUUGUUCAAAAUCCUAGAGAAUGAUAGUAACUAAGUUUGAUAUUUUUUUAUUUAAUGUGCCGAAAAUUCAUCUAGGUUAGAACAUCAUUUAAAACUGUAGUUAAUUGUAAAAAUUGAUGUUUACUUGCUUUUUUCAUAUAAAUAUUUUUAAAUAAAUUGUUUAAUAUA